AGUCCAAGGGCCUCCGAGGCAGCGGCGCGGCGGGCGCGGCGCGGCGGGGCGGAGGGGACAAGAUCAGGGCAGGAGGCAAGCGGCUAAUCGAAAGGGUCCGGCACACCCAGCAAGAUGCUGUCCUGGCGGCUGCAGACGGGCUCUGAAAAGGCGGAGCUGCAGGAGCUCAACGCCCGGCUUUACGACUACGUGUGCCGGGUGCGAGAGCUGGAGCGCGAGAACCUGCUACUGGAGGAGGAGUUGCGCAGCCGGCUGAGCCGGGAGGACCGCUGGGCUGAGGAUCAGGCACUCUACGCCGAGGAGGCGCGCAGCCUACGACAGCAGCUAGAUGAACUGAACUGGUCCACAGCCCUGGCCGAGGGCGAGCGCGACGCGCUGCGGAGGGAACUGCUGGAGCUGCAGCGGGAGGGUGUGGAAGCCGGCACUGCCCGCAGCCGCCUGGAUGCCGAGCUGGGAGCGCAACGGCGGGAGCUAGAGGAGGCUCUGGGCGCGCGCGCCGCCCUCGAGGCGCUGCUGGGCCGGCUGGAAACUGAGCGCCGCGACUUGGACGCUGCCCACGAACGCCAAGUGCGAGAUCUACGAGCCCGCGCUGCCAGCCUCACCAUGCACUUCCGAGCCCGCGCCACCAGCCCCGCCGCGCCCCCGCCGCGCCUGCGGGACGUGCACGACAGCUACGCCCUGCUGGUGGCCGAGUCGUGGAGGGAGAGCGUGCAGCUGUACGAGGACGAGGUGCGCGAGCUGGAGCAGGCGCUGCGCCGCGGCCAAGAGAGCCGGCUCCAGGCGGAGGACGAGGCGCGGCUGUGCGCGCAGGAGGCAGACGCGCUGCGGAACCAGGCGCUGGAGUUGGAGCAGCUGCGCGCGAGGCUGGAGGAUGAGCUGCUGCGGAUGCGCGAGGAGUACGGGAUGCAGGCGGAGGAGCGGCAGAGAGUGAUUGACAGCCUGGAGGAUGAGAAGGAAGCCCUUACCUUGGCCAUGGCUGACCGGCUGCGGGAUUACCAGGAGCUCCUGCAGGUGAAGACUGGACUCAGCUUGGAGGUAGCCACCUACAGGGCCUUGUUGGAAGGAGAAAGCAAUCCGGAGAUAUUGAUCUGGACUGAGAACAUUGAAAACGUGCCACAAGAGCCCAGAAACACAUCCUAUCGCUACACCAACUCAGUAUUGCAGAGGAAAAAUGAGAAAAAUCUCUUUCCAAGGCGAAAAACACCUUGGGCAGCUGUAAAUCACAGCUCGGCCUCGUAUUCUAACUGGCCAGGGCACCUUGACUCACAGACAACCACAGCUGUAGGAAGUGCUGCCAGAAGGGGUCUCCUGACCUCCCGCCAUUCUUCCUCAGCUACAACCUCAGGGCAGCAAAAGCCCCUGGAGAAAACCAUCAGCAGCCGAGCCAAUUUAAGACCGGUCACGCCAACCCACGGCUUUCUAAGAAACACUGAUGCUCAAAUGAAAACACUCCCCCAUAGAUCCAAAGUCGAAGGCACGGGGGACACCCACGCACGGCGGGCUACAGAGUCUGUUAUUACCAGAGAGUCAUACAGAGGUCACCAGGGCCAUGUGGCAGCAGGUGCCGUGAGCAGCACUCCGUCAAAUGAGAGGACUGUCAUUCUGGGAAAGAAAUUAGAAGCGCAAGCCACUAAAGAACAAGAAAGGGACAGAUCAGGGGUCAUCAGAAUAAAGCCAGAAGAGAAAAUGUUUGAUUCUAAAGAGAAGGCUUCAGAGGAAAGAAACUUGAGGUGGGAAGAGCUAACCAAGUUAGAUAGAGAUGCCAGAAAGAGAGAAAGCCGGCAUUUGAGGGAUGAGGCCAGAGAGAAGGAAGCACUGAAGGAGAGAAGUGUAAAAGAAAGAGAGGUGCCCAUCAGUCUAGAAGUAUCCCGGGGCAGCAGAGCAGAGGUGUCCACCAUACACUUGCAGUCACCUGGAAGGAAGGACGUUAGCCACAGUGGGGGAAGAGAGGCAGAGACCAAAGAGACAAGGUUCCGGCUGGAUACCCAGGACACUGCCAGCUCUCUGCAAAGUGACUCAACGACAGAAACCAUAGCCGAAAGCAUUGUCACCACCAUCCUUAAGCAGUUUACCCAGUCUCCAGGUGCCGAGGAGGAGGCCACUUCUUUCCCGGACACAAAGGUCACUUAUGUGGACAGGAAAGAGUUUCCUGGUGAUGGGAAAACCAAGACAGAAAUCGUUGUGGAGUCGAAGCUGACAGAUGUUGUUGAUGUUUCUGAUGAAGCAGGCCUGGACUACCUUCUAAGCAAGGAUGUCAAGGAAGUAGGACUGAAGGGGAAGUCAACGGAGACGAUGAUCGGAGAGAUGAUCAACCUGGGUCUGAAAGGCAGGGAGGGGAGAGCUAAAGUCGUAAAUGUGGAGAUUGUGGAAGAGCCCAUGAGCUACAUAGGUGGUGGGAAAAUAGACUUUUCUACCCCCUUUCAGGUAGAAGAAGUCGACGACGUGUCUCCCAGCCCCAAGGGCUUUGUGGAGGAAGAGGAUGGUGAAGGAGAGACCCACAUGGCAUUCUCAAUGCGUCCACAUCAGACCAAACAGCCCCAGGGGACCAUCCCUCACGUGGAAGAAGUGACGGAGGCGGGCGACUCAGAGGGGGAGCAGAGCUAUUUUGUGUCUACCCCAGAUGAGUACCCCGGGGGGCAUGACAGAGAAGAUGAUGGCUCAGUGUAUGGGCAGAUUCAUAUCGAGGAAGAGUCUACCAUCCGGUACUCAUGGCAAGACGAAAUUGCGCAGGGGACCUGGAGAAGGAAAAUGAGAGGUGACGUGGGGGGAGAGAAGCCUGUGAAGGUCCUGGAGGUCCCAGCACUUUCCCUGGGUGGUGCUAUUGGUUCUGCUCACUUGAAGGAAGAAGCCAGUGGUGAACUCCGUGCUGAACCCACAGUCAUUGAGAAAGAGAUCAAAAUACCGCAUGAAUUCCACACCUCCAUCAAGGGUGUCUUCUCCAGUGAGCCCCGGCACCAGCUGGUGGAGGUCAUCGGGCAGCUGGAGGAAACAUUGCCCGAGCGCAUGAAGGAGGAGCUGUCUGCCCUGACCAGACAGAGUCAAGGAGAGUCAGGGAGCGUUUCUGUGGACGUAAAGAAAGUCCAGAGCGCUGCUGGUGGUUCUGUGACUUUGAUGGCUGAGGUCAACCUCUCACAGACUGUAGAUGCUGAUCAGUUGGACCUGGAGCAGUUGAGCAGAGAUGAAGCUGGGGAAAUAGAGAGGGCUGUGGAGUCUGUGGUCAGAGAGAGCUUGGCCAAGCGCUCCAGCCCAGUGCCUAGAAGCCCAGACAGGGAAGAUGGAGAGGAGGUGCCUGCUGGUGGCAUUCUCUUCAAGCGCUGGGCCACCAGGGAGCUGUAUAGCCCAUCUGGUGAGAGGGAUGAUGCUGGCCAGGUCUCUCCCAGCUCAGAUCAGCGUGUUACCCAGGGCCCAGUGUCAGCUACUGUGGAAGUGACCAGCCCAACGGGUUUUGUACAGUCUCAUGUGCUGGAGGAUGUGAGCCAGUCUGUAAGGCAUGUUAAACUAGGUCCCACUGAAAUGUGGAGGACAGAACAGGUGACCUUCGGAGGACCCACCGCACAGGUGGUGGAGGUAAGUGGAGACUUCAGCGAGGCAGUCAGCUCUGAGGGAGCCAGCCGCUCUGUGAGGCACAUUACACUGGGUCCCCAUCAAAGCCAAGUGUCCACAGAAGUCAUUUUCCGAGGCUCUGUGCCUACCUGGCAGGAAACAGGAGACACAGAAAAGCCUGGCCCAGUGGUACUGUCUGUGGGAGCUGACAUCUCAGGGAGCGGCAGGAUGCCUGGCUCUGAGCGGUCUCACACUGAGAAAGAAAUUCGUUUUCAGGGUCCUGUUUCUGGGACAGCCCAGGUUGGUGGUAACUUUGCAACUGAAGAGUCAGUGGGUAGCCAGACUUUUGUAAGGAGUCUCCAGUUAGGCCCCAAAGAAGGGUUCAGAGAGGAAAUCCAGUUCAUAGCUCCUAUCCCAGACAAGGUAGGGUGGGGAGAAGAGGAUUCUGAGCACACCAAAGUGUCGCUAGAGAGGGCUACAUCCAUCCAGCGUAUUGACAUUGUGCCCCAGAGGUACCUAGCUUCCAAGCAGAUGGCCCCACAGACAUUGGAAUUCAGGGACUCAGAAGACAUGGUUAUGGUGGAAGGUUCAGCAGGCACAAUCCAGGCCACUCACAAUUUCACCUCAGAUAGAGAAAUCCUCCAGAACAAAGAGAACACAUUCCAGAGGGUCAUUUCUGGGUCUCCUCCAGACAGUGUGGGCGACACGGGAGCAGAGGUGACAGCAAACGUCAGCAGGUCCUUUCGGCACAUUCAAAUAGGUCCUACAGAGGAAGAACCCUCUGAAUACUUUGUCACCGGGAGACCCGUAUCUAAAACAUUUGUACUUGAUGGUUCCGUGGCGUCCCCUGGGCUGGUUGGGGGAGCAGACGGUGGUAGCACACCGUGUCGGAUUGCACUGGGGCCCAAAGAAACUUCAUUUACUUUCCAGAUGGAUCUGAGCGACACGAGAGCGAUCCGCAGCUGGACCCGAGACACAGGGUCGGAAGUGGAAGCUCACGGCGUGUCUCACCGUGGUGGCUGGAGAAUUGCACACAGUAGGGAUGAGCGAGUGGCCAGCACUGGCUCUGGGGCCUCCCCUGGGGAUGCACACCAGGCCCCUGGAGAGAAAGGCACGGAGCAGGCUGGAUUUGACAAGACGGUACAGUUGCAGAGAAUGGUAGACCAAAGGUCGGUGGCCUCAGAUGAGAAGAAAGUGGCUCUUCUUUAUCUAGACAAUGAAGAGGAGGAGGAGGAGGAGGGCGAAGGGUGGUUUUGAUGAAUGCAACUAUCUUGUCCUGAAUGGCUCUCUGGAAACAUCAAUGUACAAAGCCUUCAAAAUACCGACAUGCAAGCCCUUCACUAAGUGGAGGGGGAGGGGGAGGCUGGUUAUCAAUACCUUUAUUUAGAGAAGCCUAGGCUGAAAUGGUUUGCUUUAGAAUGUAUUUAAAGGUUGGAGAUUUUACAUUUGAGGUGGAACUUUCACAGACUUCUUUUCAUCUUUUCAGUCUCAAAAAGUUCCUUUCUCCAAACUUUUCUCUCCACGCGUGGGGACAGUUUAUACGAGUUUUGCACCAGGUCACAGGCGUGGCUUAUAUCUAUCUGUUCUACUGUUUAUCUAUAGGCAAGACACUUUUAACAUUAACCAGAUUAAAAUAAUAUAUUUAAGGGUAGGUUGUGUUUGCAUGUGCUAAUAUCAAACAGUAAGCUAACACUGGAAAGGAAAAUAGGUGCGUUUUUCUCUUUCCUACAUCUUAAAAACAAAAAAAGAAAUUAUAGAAAGUAAGCAAGACUAUGUUUGGAAAAACAAUCUAGUCAGUGAUUUCUUUAAGAAAAAGUUACUUAUCAGAGAUUUAAAAUUAUUUUUCAAAUGGAAUGAAUUGCUUCUAUGUACAGAAGUUUAGAAGAAAAAAAAAAAGAGGGCUUAGAGUUAUUUAUGGAAAGGCAGCUGUGGCCUGUUGUUGGUACUUCAGAUUCAUGUAUCUGUCCUGAUUGUUCAGAUUUGCUGUCCCUGGCCACAGGCUUGAGCAACCAAGAAUGACGAUUGCUCGCAGCAGCCUUUCAAGUCUUUACAAGGCUGUGAGGUAGCAGAUACCUUCCUGUACUGACCUAAGCUGGAGUACUUACCUCCUGCUAGAGCAGGGCUUCUUCAACCUGUGGGUCUCGACCCUUGCAAGGCAUUGCCUAUGAACAUUGGCAACCACUGAUAUUUACGAUUCAUAACAGUGGCAAAAUCACAGUUAUGAAGUGGCAAUGGCGUGAUUUUAUGGUUGGGGGUCAGCACAACUUGAGAAACUAUAUUAAAGGGCCGCAGCCUUUGGAGGGUUAAGGACCGAUGCUCUAGAAGAACAGCCAGUGCUUCUAACUACUGAACCAUUUCUCUACCCCAUACAGACCUCCUUCGUAGGAUUUUCUGAGCUCCUAGAAUUACGGACAAAAAUGCAACAGCCGUAUACAAACCCCACAAACGCUUUCUGCACUUUGAAUAGAAAUCGUGGUGGCAGGGGUAUCUAAGUCAAACAGAGGUAGUACUUAGGGGAAGGAACCAGGUGCCUCCCGUGCACCCCAGCAUCUAGGCCCCCAGGGCAGGCUGACAGAUGGCAAAGGCCCCACCCGUGUGGGCCACAGAUUAUGGACCUGGAGCUGUGCACCACUGAAUUUAAGAAGGAUGAGUGUGCUCAUUUGGGAUUGUUCCUUUACACAUGGACAUUGUUUUUAAAGCUCCCAUCUCUUAAGACUUGGCAUCACAUAAAAAGAAAAAGAGCCUCUAUAGUGCAGCAGUCUGUGAGCGCAGAAUGGUAGCUUUCUUGAGUCCGAGCUGUGCUUUUGAACCCAGGCCACAAACCUGCCUGUGGGGCACUGAGGAUCCUAGAGGAUGCCAUCUUCAGGUAGGGGAGGAGCCUUCUUCCCUGACCCGUGUGUGUUUCACGGGGCAUAUCUCCCCUCUGGUUCCAGCAGGUGGGCAAAGGAGAGUACGAUGUUUUUCAUUGCCAAGUAUAAGAGAAACACAGAACGGCUUAAGAUGAUCUUUUCAAACGCCUUGCACGGGGUACAGGAAGGAAGCGGAUUUGAAUGGAAAGCCUUUGUUACCCUCAUGCCAACUGAGCUCAGGGUUGUCAGCCUGAGCCAGGAGUUACUACGGCUGUGGCUCGUCAUCUCUUAUACUGUCAGAGAUGUGCGGACUUAUUUUUUUCCAUAAGCAGAAAACCCGAGUGAUUUGUAAGAAUGUGGCCAAGGUGGUACAGCCUUGGUACCAUAAUGCAAGACACAGUGACAAUGUCGAGUUUAUUAUGAGUCUAAGUGGGCUUAGCUGGAUGUCAUUGUCCUAGUUCAUGAACUUGUCCAUGGGCGCUGGUGUGAGCAGGUUAUAAAUACCGUGGCACUUCUACUUUGAAAAAUAAAUGUCUUAGAAUGAAAUACUAAUUUUCAUUUCUAAGUUGGAAUCCCCAUCGAGGCAAUGUUAUGGUUAUGUUUGAAGAACCUACCAGGAAGGAGGAGUCCUCAGCUGUCACUGGUUACUAUGUCUCCACCAUUACACCCUUGACAUUGUAGCAGAUCACCGCCAAAGCUCCCUGAGGUUUUAGAAAUCAGUCACUCUGGAGUCAAAUCAACACUGUGGGAGGGCAGGGAGGGCCCCAGUCUCUCCCAGUUUGUUAUUGUUGAGACUACAGGAGACUGAAUGUUUCUUAGCUUCCCACUGGUUGUUUUGAUCGUUUGCUUUACAGUGUUUAUUUAGAAUUAUCUAAGAAGCCUAUUUUGCUAACCUGUUCCCUACAAAGAGAACUGUCACAAGAAUGUGUAGAAAUAAAGAUCUGAGGGGGGAAAAAAAACAACUGUAUUGUUCUUAAAGAGAAUGUUUUCUGGCUGACUUCCAUGUGGUUCCUUCGAUGCUGAUGUUCCAUUCCUGAGUUUCUUUCCAUGUUUUGAUGGUAGCCAUGGGUUACUGGAUGGGUCAUAAAUGUUCCUUAGUUCCUCCUGAGAUCAGAACUUUUCCCUAUAGGUUCAAACUAGGAAGCAUGCACUAACUAGCUUAUAUCCAAGUGGAUAGUUUGGUGGUAACUGCCAUCCCAGCCCGGAAGACUGUUGUCAGCAGGAUGAGACAGCCAUCCAUUCUGCCCAGGAUGGAGGAGGGAGCCAAGGUACAGUUAUUCCUGCUGAACCCAGCAUUGUCUGGGGCUGGAGCUGGUCAAGUAGUUACUCGAAGCACAGUUUGUAAGGCUAUUCAUGGCCAUUUCUCAGUAUCUUAAGAUAUAGAUAUAUGCUUGAAACAAGGAGUGGGUGACUGUUCGUCUGUCUAUAAUCUGGCCUUUUAGCAACAAAAAUAAAAACAUGAGUAGUUGUAUUU